GGCGCUAGCUCAUUGUCCCGCUCUGAGGGGUUGAAGUGCAGCGCGACCGCUCGGCGCCGCAGUACCUCGAAAGGGAACCCCCCCCCCCAUAGAACCGAUCCGGGCCCUGCGAUGACGGGGACUUUCUCUCGGAGGGUGGCAGCACGGGAAAGAGGGUGGGGAGGCUUUUCUGUGGUGGCUCCCCAUUGAGAAAGGCUCGCCUGAUACCUUCAUUGCAUAAAUUCGGGCCUGGGAGAAAGCCUUCUUUUUUCCUUAUUAAACCAUUGUGUCCUUUUAAACUCUCGAUUUGUGGGGGCGGGGGGGGCGGCGGGAAUUAUCCAUUUGUUGUUUGUGUUCCGGUUUAAUUUCGCGUGGUUUUUCUGUUGUGAACCGCCCUGGGAUCUUCGGGCAGUCUACAAAUGUAAUGAACAGGAAUAACACCAACAAGAAGAGGAGGAGGAGGAGGGGAAGGGCCUCUGUCUGAACUUCUCCAGGGUGACUGACUGCUUGCGUGUUUUGCGUGCAAACACACUAUUGUGGUUUUUGUGGGACUUCUGCUGCUCUGCAUGUGUGCGGAGGGGUGUCUGGUUUGUGGGACUAAAGAAAGGCAUCGAGAGUCUGGAAGGGGGGAGGGUCUUUACUUGUAUGCGAUUCCGAGCUGGCUGCCUUGCUUUGGUGUUGUGCCAGAGUGAGGGUGGGUGGAUGGGUGGAAAGCAUCGGGGCCUGUCUGGCUCUGUUGCAAGAGGUGGACGUGAGCACCGAGCCGGGAGGGAGCUUGGGUUUUUUAAAGCAGCUCUCUAUGCGAGCGAGCGAACCGAGGUCAUUUGAGGUAGGACGUGUUGUGUGAGCUUGCACAGCUGAAGGAGGACGCUGCUGGCUGCAGCCAAAAGCUAAGCGGGGGCAAAGUGUGGCUGCUUGGCUUGCCGAAGGCACGGCGGCUCAAGAAGUAGCUGUAGAGGCGGUUUCGGCCAAAGAAGGGGCAGUUGAUAAGAGAGAGGAAACAAAAACCCCAGUGUGCUCUCUUGCUCUCUUUCCCUCUUCUGUCUCCUGUAUGUAGGAGGCGCAGAGAGACUGGCAGGGUCUGCUGUGCCAGCCAGCUGUCUGGGGCACUGCGAGGCUCCCCCGCUGGCCUAUGCUGGGACUGCAUUUUAAAGGACAGCAUGGGGAAGAAGAAAAAAGUUUAGGCUUAGAACUGCCAAUUUUGUAAAUUUCUUAGAAAACCUAAAUGGAGUGCAGUUUUCUUUAUUAAAAAACUGUUUCCUGUUUGGUGGGGGCAGGGUAGGGGAAACUGGGUAAUUCUCUGACAAUUUUGGAUAGAGAUGCAAUUUUACCUCUGAGGAACGUAUGGAUAGCUCAGUUCGGUAGAGCAUGAGACUCUUAAUCUCAGGGUUGCGGGUUUGAACCCCAUUUUGCGCAAAAGUUUCCUCCAUUGCAGAAGGUCGGACUGGGUGAACCUUGCGGUCCCUUCCACCUCCACAAUUCUAUGACUCUAUGAUUAGUUAUUUGCCUACAUUGCCUGAUAGUUUCUUUUUUAAAAAGGACACUCAGUAAUGUGGAUAGGUUCUUCAACUAUUCCAGGCAUGUCCAACUGGUCCAUGUCCAACAUGGAAAACUAAUUUCAGAUAUAUGUCUUUAAAAUUGCUUGUGUACCUGUUCAGAUUCUUACAACAGUUAUGUACUUUCAUAGUGCACCUAAUAUUUUCUAAUUUUGGUCUCAUAGAAAGAGAUGCAUAUGACUGUGAAAUGCGCCUAGUACUGCAGAUAUAGGUAUAAGUGUUUGAAAAAUGUCUUUCAGGCCAGGCAAGUGAGUCUCUUAAGUAUUCUUUCAAAAACUACAAAUGCUAUAUUUGAAAUAUUUGUAUUGGGAACUAGACCCUGAAUAUUAGUCAGCUGUUUUAAUGCACUUAUGGAGCUUUGUGUACAUGCAGGGAUUUUCUUGUUCUAUCCUGAGCUGUUGGGGGAAUCCCCAUGCUGUCUUCUUUCCAUCGAAGAGGAGGGUUCUGUGGAAGUGCAUCUUGGAUUGCAGUCGUUUCUUGCCAUUCUUCCUUAUGUGUUCCUUGUUUGACAAGUGGAAUGCUUCACAAUAUUGCCUUUUUUGUAGGCUUAUUUCAAUAUUUUUUAUAAAAAAACAUUAUUUGCUUAGAAACCUGAUGAUGAUUCUGUUCAGCAUUGUUUUGAUUAUUUCUGAAGGAAUAUCAUGCAAAUUAAGGGACCCAGGUGGCGCUAUGGGUUAAACCACAGAGUCUAGGGCUUGCUGAUCAGAAGGUCGGCGGUUCGAAGCCCUGAAACUGGGUGAGCUCCCGUUGCCCGGUCCCAGCUCCUGCCCACCUAGCAGUUUGAAAGCACAUCAAAGUGCAAGCAGAUAAAUAGGGACCGCUCCGGCCGGAAGGUAAAUGGCGUUUCCGUGCGCUGCUCUGGUUCGCCAGAAGCAGCUUUGUCAUGCUGGCCACAUGACCCGGAAGCUGUCUGCGGACAAACGCCGGCUCCCUCGGCCUAUAGAGCGAGAUGAGCGCCGCAACCCCAGAGUCGGACACGACUGGACCUGAUGGUCAGGGGCCCCUUUACCUUUUAUCAUGCAAAUUACAUGCACUACUUAUGUUCAUUGCUGUUAAGUCUUAUGUGCCUGAAUGAAUGGGAGAAAAGGUGAAGUGUGAUAAUUUAUUAAAACCACUUAGAUAAUAGUUGUUCCCCCCCCCCAUGAGAUACCAUACAGAACAAAGCUGACCUAUUAAAAAUUUUCCUUAGACCUUGUAUAAUAGUUGAUUGCAUACAGGCAUUUUAAAACCAGAUUCCAAGAAAAAAACAAUACAUAUAAUAGUGAUUGUUUUAUAAAUAGCACCUUGCUAUUUUUAUUCUGCCAUGACAGUAUGUGAGGUCAUAAUCCUAAGCAUACAUGCUUCAAAGUCAACUCUAGUGAAAUAAAUGAGAUUUACUUCUGUAAAUACGAUUGUAACUGAUAUGUGAGCUUGUGCAACUUCUUGCUAUAUGUUGUUGAAACAUUUUUGUUUAUUUAAAAAAGAGAUCAUUAGCGAUUUUUGUUAAGAUACCCGAGAGGUGAUUUUAGUGUUGGAAAAAGUAAUGUUUAGUGAUUCUUGGGUGAGCAUAGUUUCAGCAGCCUAGGUUACAGAUCACAGCAUGAGCUCUCCCCCCCCCCCAAAUGGUAUUGUUAUUUUAUAUUUGGUAGUAUGUACAGGAAAUAAAGUGGAGUAUUGUUCAGAUUGAUUUUUCAGAUCAUAAAAAUUGUAUGAUUCGGUGUUUGUGUGUUUUUUCAAAAAAAAAUUAAGCAUUUCGGUUGAUUUGAAACUGUAAACUAAGAGGUUUGAAAUGGUUUUUAAAUUAAUAUUCUUUAAUGUUAUUAUUCUUGCUUUCUUAUUUACAAAGCUAGAUUUAUGAUCCUUUGGGAUGAAGAUAUCAGAGAUUCCUACAUUGCAGGGGGUUAGACUAGAUGACCCUCUGAGUUCCUUUAAACUCUACAAUUCUAUGAUUCCAUGAGAACAAAUGCUGCUAUAAGGUGUGACCUUAAUAGUUCUUUGUAAAUUACCGUUGCUGUUUGAAGAAGGCCCUUCCUUAGUACAAGAGGGGGAAAGUUUCCAUUCUUGUGAUGGGGAGGGGGGAGAUUUAUGUAAGAUUUACCCAACUUAAUUGAGCAAGAACACAUUACUGAGAAAUGCUGCCUGAGUUGUUAUAUGUGUUUGUUGCUGGAAGCAGCACUUUCAGCAUGUCUUGAUUUAGAAGUAUAGUACCCUCAUGUAUUUAAUUGCAGUUGAGGCAUAGAAAUGUUCCAGCUGAAGUCUAUACCCGUCUUCCAUGUUUUAUCAAAAUUGAAAUAUUUUUGGAAACAAAUCUCACGUAAAGGCUGAGAAAUAUAUCUAGUAUGAUAGGUUUUAUUUCAUAUUUAAAAUUUAUGUUGAAUUCCCUGUUGAAUUCAUCUAGUCCAGGUAAUGGAUAUUGUGUACGCUUCAGUGACCCUCAUGGAUCAUCUGUUUGAAUCAUCAUAACAAAGUUCUUCAGAACAGCCUGUCAGAAGAUGCUUGUGCACCCUAUUCUUAAAAAAUCCCCAAGAAUGAAAUUGCAUCACUUACUAGUCAGAUUGUUGCAGUUCAUUUCUAAAAGUCAUUGGGGUUUACUGUGUAAUUCUAAUCCAUUGUAAGUUCUGUCCUUAAUUAUUAGGAGAAACAAUGGUUUUAGCUUUUCAUUCUGAAAUACAUUUGAUUUAAAAAUUGUUGUUACGCCCCUUGCCCCAGUACUCUGUAGUCUGAACAAACUUGCUACUUUGAGUCAUUUAGGACAUGAGAUGAUUUUAAAGCUUUUAUCAUUCUUGUAGCUUUCUUCUGGGCUGUGUCAAUAUUACAGAUCAGGGGCAGCUAACAUUUUUGGGAGGAGAGAGAGAGAGAUGAAGUCAUUCAAUACACACAAUGCUGUGUUCUGCCCAGUAUUACCUUGAAGAAUAUAACAUUUAAUGUUAGUGCUUAAGACACGUCACAUAGAUUGUGCAACAUCCUUACCAAAGCAAGUCGAAGCUAGUCAGCUGUAAUUUAAAUUGAGCCCAAUAGUUUUACAACCAGCCUUUGCCAAAAUACUGUAUUUUGUAGUUGUCUCCCAAGAAUAAAAAAGGAUGACUGUUGACAAAGGACUGGUUAAGCUGUCUUGAAACAGUCACCAGAACUAAACUAGAAAUAUAUCUGGAAAUUAUUGUAGCUUGUGAUAAUAUUUUUUUUAAGCUUUGUGUUUAGAUAUACUUGUUUUUAAUUACACUGAGCAAUAAGCUGGUUGCUAAGUGUCUUCAGGCAAUGAUGCAACAGUUUCUCUGCCUUGUCUGCUUUAGCUAGUUCAGCUCUCCCAUACCACUCAAAAAACAGGUUUCAAACCAGUUGUGUAGCUUCAUUUUCUACUCAGUAUAUUUAAUAAAAGAUUGGCGUGCGUCACUGGUAUACUUCAUUCAUAGUGCAGGCACACCUUUGGGUUGUUCACACAGCAUGUACAAAUAUGGCUGUGGUCUGGUAGCUUACUGUUUAAUAUUUUAAAUUAUAUAGUGAGUUAAUUUUUUUCUAAAUUAAUUAAUUCUGCUGUCUGUGUUCAGUAUAUUUAGUUUACAGCUCCAUGCAGACUUGAUAGCUAAGGAGCAGUCAAAGCAUUUUUUGUAGUAGUGUUCAAACUAUAUUCUGUGGAAUUCGGAGGUUGUCAAGAAGAUCACUAACAGUGCUUUUCUAUUUUUUUAAAAAACAUAGCAUGUCAGCAUUUUGGAAAGUCUUGAGUGUAUUCUAGGGCACUUCCUUGGUUCUUUUUGGUUAAAGGUCUUUCUGGUGCCCAGCAAAAACUGAAAAGUACUGUAUGUCUGGCAUGGUUUUCACAGGAGAGGGAUCCACAAGGAAAGAAGACCCUGAGAGAGAUGAUGGUAGUGAUGGUAGCUUGAGUGAUAGCCACAUAUCUCCUCCAGCCAAACGUACCUUGAAACAUGCAGAUUCUGUAUGCAAAGACAAAUCAAAAUCUCGCAGUACUGGGCAGCGAGAGGAAUGGAGCAUCUCAACUGGACAGUCCCGGUUAACUUCUCAAUCUGGUGCUACAUUACCAAAUGGACGUAGUUUAUCGCUCAAAAGCAAUUCUCUUCGUGGGGAGAAAAAGGUUGAUGGGGACCAUGCUUGUAUAAAUGGAGGUAGAGAAAUUAGAAAAAGUUGCAGAUCCAGAAAAAACAGAUUUGAAAGUUUGAAUCAGAGUUUACUAUUUGACCAACUGGUAAACAGCACUGCUGAAGCUGUUCUUCAGGAAAUGGACAAUAUUAACAUCAGACGGAAUAGGCGAUCGGGUGAAGUGGAACGGUUGCGCAUGUGGACAGAUACAGAGUUUGAAAACAUGGAUAUGUAUUCACGUGUCAAGAGGAGGAGGAAAUCACUGAGGAGAAAUAGCUAUGGAAUCCAGAACCACCAUGAAGUUUCCACAGAAGGGGAAGAAGAAGGUAAUGACAGAGAAUCUCAAGAAGAAGAUGGAGAUAUUGAAGUAGAGGAGGCAGAGGGAGAAGAAAACGAUCGUCCAUAUAACCUGAGACAAAGAAAAACAGUGGACAGAUACCAAGCGCCUCCUAUAGUGCCCGCACACCAGAAGAAAAGGGACAAUGCGUUGUUUGAUAUACAUAGAUCUCCUGCAAGAAGAAGCCAUAUUAGGAGAAAGAAGCAUGCUAUUCAUAGCAGUGAUACAACCUCUUCAGAUGAAGAACGCUUUGAAAGAAGAAAAUCUAAGAGCAUGGCAAGAGCAAGGAACAGAUGUCUGCCUAUGAACUUCAGAGCAGAAGACUUGGCCUGUGGAAUCCUGCGUGAACGAGUGAAAGUUGGUGCAAGUUUGGCUGAUGUAGAUCCUAUGAUUCUUGACAAAUCGGUGCGCUUUGAUAGCAUAGGUGGACUGAGCAAUCAUAUUCAUGCACUUAAGGAAAUGGUCAUAUUUCCUCUUCUUUAUCCUGAAAUAUUUGAAAAAUUCAAAAUUCAGCCUCCAAGGGGCUGUUUGUUUUAUGGUCCUCCUGGAACAGGUAAAACCUUGGUAGCUAGAGCUCUGGCCAAUGAAUGCACACAAGGGGAGAGAAAAGUUGCUUUUUUCAUGAGGAAAGGAGCAGACUGUCUCAGCAAAUGGGUUGGUGAAUCUGAACGACAACUUCGACUCCUCUUCGAUCAAGCGUACCUGAUGAGGCCAUCCAUAAUCUUUUUUGAUGAAAUCGAUGGAUUGGCCCCAGUCCGUUCUAGCAGGCAGGACCAGAUUCACAGCUCUAUAGUGUCUACUCUACUUGCUCUCAUGGAUGGAUUAGACAACAGAGGAGAAAUCGUUGUCAUUGGUGCUACAAACAGACUUGAUUCUAUAGAUCCAGCACUCAGGAGACCUGGUCGUUUUGACAGGGAAUUUCUUUUUAGCCUGCCUGAUCAAAAGGCAAGAAAGCACAUAUUCCAAAUACAUACCAGGGACUGGAACCCAAAAUUGUCAGAUGAUUUUUUAGAAGAAUUAGCGGAAAAAUGUGUCGGGUAUUGUGGAGCCGACAUAAAAGCACUUUGCACUGAGGCUGCCUUGAUUGCCCUGCGACGGCGCUAUCCUCAGAUCUACGUCAGUAGCCAGAAACUGCAGCUAGACGUUUCUUCAAUAGUUCUCAGCGCACAAGAUUUUCACCAUGCAAUGCAGAAUACUGUGCCUGCCUCUCAACGUGCCGUCUUGUCAUCAGGGCAAGCACUCUCUCCCAUUAUAAGGCCACUUUUGGAAAGAACCUUCAAUGACAUUCUGGCAAUUUUACAUAAAGUGUUUCCUCAUGCUGAGUUCAGCCAGGCUGACAAAAAAGAAGAUGCAACUAGUCUAAUUUUGGACGAUAGUGAAGAUGAGCAUGCUUCAUCAAUAUUUGAGACAAGUUGCCAGUCGGGAUCACCAAAGAAACAUUUAUCAGCUGCUGUACACAAACCUUACCUUCAUUUUACAAUGUCAGCUUACCAUCAGCCCACCUCUUACAGGCCAAGAUUACUGCUUUCUGGAGAGAGGGAUUCAGGUCAGACUUCGCACCUUGCUCCAGCACUUUUGCACUCGCUCGAAAAAAUUGCUGUACACAGAUUAGAUCUGCCAGCACUUUAUUCAGUCAGUGCCAAAACACCUGAAGAAUCAUGCGCGCAGAUCUUUCGUGAAGCAAGAAGAACACUACCGAGUAUUGUUUACAUGCCUCAUAUUGGCGAUUGGUGGGAAGCUGUCAGUGAAACUGUGAGAGCUACUUUUCUAACUUUGCUGCAAGACAUACCAUCAUUCUCACCUAUAUUUCUACUCUCUACCUCUGAAACCAUGUAUAGUGAAUUGCCUGAAGAGGUGAAAUGCAUCUUUAAAAUCCAAUAUGAAGAGGUUUUUUAUAUUCAGAGACCUAGUGAAGAAGACAGACGCAAAUUUUUCCAAGAGCUUAUCCUCAAUCAAGCAUCUAUGUCUCCUCCAAGAAGGAAACAAAUUGCUCUUUCUGAUAUGGAGGUGCUUCCUCUUGCACUACCAUUUUCUACUCGCCAGCUGUCAGAGGCAGAAAAGCAGCGAAUGGAGGACCAGGAAGAAAACACACUGAGAGAACUGCGAUUGUUUCUCAGGGAUGUUACCAAGAGAUUGGCCACAGACAAGCGCUUUAACAUCUUCAGCAAACCGGUGGAUAUUGAAGAGGUUUCAGAUUAUCUUGAAGUUAUCAGAGAGCCGAUGGACCUGUCAACAGUAAUAAGUAAAAUUGAUAAGCACAAUUAUUUAACUGCAAAGGAUUUCCUAAUAGACAUAGAUCUCAUAUGCAGCAAUGCAUUGGAAUAUAAUCCUGACAAAGAUCCUGGGGAUAAAAUCAUCAGGCACCGAGCCUGUACUCUGAAGGACACUGCACAUGCUAUCAUUGCUGCUGAGCUUGAUCCAGAGUUCAAUAAAAUGUGUGAAGAAGUAAAGGAAGCAAGAAAAAAGAGAGGCUUAUCAGUAACGGCAGACCAAAUAAAUCCUAAUGGUUCCACUGCACAGAAAACAGAAACGAGAAUUGAGGAGGCAUUCCAGAACAGGCAAAAAAGUGCAAUGUCAGUUUGGCACAACUCUGCAAAUAAAUGUGCAUUUCGAUUAAGGAGGAAAUCAAGACGACGUUCACAGUGGGGCAAAGGCAUUAUUAAGAAGAGAAAAGUGAAUAAUUUGAAGAAAGACGAAGAUGAUGCCAAGUUUGCAGAUGAUGAAAACCAAGGGGAGGACAGCAAGAUGCUGGAGAACGGGGAGCUUGAGGGAAGUACAGACUGCAUUGAAGAGAACGGAGAGGAAACAGGCGAUCUCUCUAUGACAAAUGAUGAGUCGUCUUGUGAUAUCAUGGAUAUACAUGGAGAACAGACACUUAACAACGGGCCAGUCGGGAAAGAAAAUAGUAUUCCAUCCACAGAAGAGAGCUCAAAUGAGUCCCUGUUAGUAAGUAAGAAGAUUACUCUGACUGUGGAAAAGGAAUCCAAGGAGGAGGAGCCCUUGUUCAAGGGGGACCAUUUAAAUGGCCAGGCCUCUGAAGUAGCUGCUGUCCCAGUAUGUCAGUAUGACGAAUGUGAAUCACUGAAUGUCAUUUUGUCUCCUGCCAUGCCUGACAUGUCCAUUCCCAAGCAAAAUGCAACCAUUGAUCCCCCAAAGGAAAAACCCGAAGCUUCGAGUGACGGUCCCGACGAGGAACAUUUAAAACAGUCUGGCACCGAGGUGCCACAAUGCAGCAAUAAUGAGAAGAAAUCGCAAGGCAUAGAUACUGAGACUAAAGAAGCCGAAUCGUCAGAUAAAGAAGGUACAUUGAAAAAUAAAAAACCUCGCAAAGUUGCUUUGGCACAGGUUCCAGAGGAGGAGCAAUUGGAGCCCAUACCUCCUGUCAUUGUUGACCACGACAGAUUAAUGAAUUUACUUGAUGUGUUGGUUAAAAAAAGCGAUAACCUGACUGUUGACCAGCUUGAGAGACUAUACUCCCUCCUUAAUCAAUGCAUCUAUCGGCAUCGUAAAGAUUAUGACAAGUCACAGCUUGUAGAGGAGAUGGAAAGAACGGUUCAUAUGUUCGAAACAUUCCUGUGAACUCUUCAAGAUGUGCAGGUUUAUCUUUUCAUAAGCUGCUUACAGGAGAGCAGCCUGCUGAGCCAUUCGAUUUCCAGUUGCACCAAGUAUGUGCAGAGCCUUGGUCUUAACACGCUCGCUCCUUGUCUCGCUUUCUGUUAUGAAUUUGGUGCUAUCGUCUCAGGUACCUGAAACCAGCCAGCCUACAAGAACCAAACGGAACUUCAUAAUAUUUGUAUCUUGAUUAUAAAUAAAGAAUAUAAUGCCACAACUUGGGAGAUUUUUGGUGCUACAGAAACUGCUCUCAUUUCUGCUGUCUACGUGCAUUGUCUUGCGAGAAGCUUCAGGCAAAAUGGAACAGGCCAACAAACUGGAUAAAGCAGAUGUAAUUGUUUUUAAGUGGGCAACUUUUAAAAGAAUUUUACUUUUCCCUUUUUCUCUGAGGUAAUGGACAGAAGCCUGUUUUUAAAGCUGGCAGUGAAAGGAAAAAAAUUGUGGUUAGAAAAAUGAAUUAACUUUGGUAUACAAUAAUGUGAAGAUGAGGCUCUCUGGAGCUGCCUUCAAUGUGCCUUUUUAGUCAGUUGAGGAGGAGGACAAGGCUAUUAAAAUGGUUGGGAUUGUAGCCAAUGACAGAGUUAGACAGUUCUUUUCAAAAGCCUGUGUUCCCAAAGAACAGUUUCAGGUUCCCACACCGUCAAAAUGGCAGCCAGUAUUACGUUUUAACAUGUCUGUGUUUCUCUCCGGAAACCUAAAUUAUGGAAAUAACCAUAUUAUCUAAAAAUGGUAAGAUGCAUUUAUUCCACAUAUUUGUUUAUCAAACAAAUUACACUGUGAGGCUUUCGCAGUAAUUAUUCAAAGUGGCUGUAGUUUAUUUUUUUAAUGUUCCAUUUUAUUUCUUCAGAGUUCUUAAAAACAGGUUUCUUUCUUUCUAAAUGUCCAUUAUUUUGGAAGGUAUAAGACUGGCUUCCAUUAUCUGGGAAUGUAACUUGCUGGGUGGCCAUAGGCAGAGAAGCGGCAGUUUUGUGCUGCAGUCCUUUAGCCUUUUAAUUUUAUUUUUUUUAAAAUGAAUUACGCCAGGCUCAUUCAGUAGGACCCAUAUGGAGCAGUAUUACUUGGAAAGCAACUGACCGGCCUUUCAUUUUGUUUGAUUUGGACCCCUGGAUGCCCUGUAAAGACUGCAGAAUUCUAGAGCUGAAUGACGUGACAACAGUUUGAAACAUUUUCUACUUUGGCAAUUAAGAGGAGACACUCUUAGGCAUCGCAAAGUCUGUUGCAAAAUGCCCUGUGCUCCACAAGCCCCUCUGAGAUCUUUUAGAGCAACGUGGAGAAGAUCAGGUGGAUUUAUAAGCUGAUAAGAGGUAGUUAUCCAUAUAUAUAUACAAACUGAAAGAGUGUCUUUUCCAAAAUAUGCAACCCAGUAGGUUUUGCUUUAAGUAAACAAAGACAGCCUUGGACUACUGCAGAGAUACUCAGCUACCUCAGCUUUUUGUAUUUUACUUAUCACCAGUGUUUACGGAAGGCUGUAAUCCACCUUUUACGUGCCGAAGCGAAGGUACUUUGUCACUAGACCACUUCAUAGUAGCAUGCUUGUGCUCUGAACCAUACCCUAGCCCUGGGCUACUGCAGUAAUCCAAAGUUUCCCCCCUCCUUCCCAGUCAGAAUGUACAUGCAGAGCACCCUAAUUUUAGCCAAGCCUUCUCCAGGCCCCCUCAAAUGCCACUUGUCUUCAUUCCUAAUGUGCAUUUUAGUCACACUAUUUUAAACGCGACUCCUGUAGAAGUGCUGUAUUUUUGGUGGGAAAGUGCGAUUAAAAAUGAAAAGCAUCUUGAACUAGUUCUUUCAUUUUAGAAAUUUGAUUGUGGGGAACUUUUCAUCUUUUAUGUUAGUAUUUAUUGCCAUGACACCCGUCUAGGAUAUUUUUGCCGUCAAACCCAUUAGCAUUUUGUAUUUUGAUGGAAAUUGUUACAAAACUUUGAGAUUUGAUGAAAUGAAAUGUAGCAGAUUUUUUGUAGUAAGUUUCUGGUAAAGCUAUUUUUUUUUGCAAGUCUCGGGUUCUUGCAGCAUUUUUUUAAAAAAUAUUGUAGUUUAAAGGUUCUUUUGUUCAAGUAAGCAGCAGCACUUGUGAAAAGAGAGACUACAUACAUUUUUAACAGGUUACUAAAUUUUUACAAGUUUAAAUCCUUUAAAUAUAGUUGUCAGAUAAUUUGAAAAGAGUAUCUUAAAUUCAGAUCCAACAUUGAAAAUGCUUUCAACUGGUCAGUUAAGGGGACGAGAGAGGGGGAAAAACCCCCAACUUUAGUAGUUUUGAAUGUUGAUAAGAAAGUGAGAGCUGCCUUCUAAAUGUUUAGGUUUUUCGGAAGAAUUAGCUUAUAUAAAUGUGUUAGUGGGCAACAUUAAAAUUAUAUAGUCACCCUUUUUGACUCCAAAACCACACUAAAACAUGUAUUGCUUUUCUUUACUACUAAUAGCUUAGUGGUUGUAGAGUUAAACCUGUUAAUCUAUCCAUGUUGUCAAGUUGUUUACUCUCUGUAUUUUUGUUACUAUUAUUUUGCCACAUAAAAUUGGCAAUAAUCUGUACAAAUCAAUUCCUGUUCCUUGUUAUGAAUAUUACCAAUGAACUCCUGUCCAAAGGCCUUUUCCUAGGGCCAGAUGGAGGUUAAAUUUCUGUGGGGGUAAUGAUGGAACUGCUCUAAGAUGAACAUGGCUGUGGAGUUAAUUGUAUUUGCAAGCUUGAAUUUCACCUGUGAUUAAUUUAUGUUUUGUGUCCUUGGUAUUGUUGCUUGAGUUUUCUCAUAUGCCAAUGUAUUUAUUAUAGGGUUUUAUUUUGGUUUUAUUUUUCUAAUACCUUGUCUCACCAUACUUUUUAAGUUGGAGGGUCAUUUCUGGCUUCGUUUGAUAUUCUGAAUGGCAGGUCUUGCAGCUGGUCAUCACUUCUCCCUCCCUUUUGUGUGUGUAAAUUCACCUUAAGCUUGAAUCUGGGCUUCUUCUACCUGCUUCUUUUCUGUAUUGUACAUUGGUUUACUUAGGCAGUGGGGGAUGUAUUGUUGUUUGCUUUCAUUCAUGUGCAUCGGCUUUUUGAUUAAGUAAGCAUCAGCUAUGAUAAAAUUUGGAUUCUCUAUAGGUUGUAUUCAGGAUUGUGUUUCACUUGAUUUUUUUAAGGUUUUUUUGCAUCUUGACUUCAUUCUGCAUUAGUUAAGUAAAUUAUUUAAUUUUUUUGAACUUUUGGACAUUUUGGACAUUUUACUGUAAUUUGUAAUAUAACUGCUGUGAAAUACUUGAAUAAAGAUGACAAGUAAAAAUUCUGAGUUUCUCUUAAUACUCCUUGCAUUUAAUGAAAUGCUAAUCACAGGAUUAAAUCUUGUGAUUAAAGAGUUUAGGCAGCAUAAUUUGUUAUUGGAAAAAUAAUGGCCACUCUUUAACAAAAGAAUUUGGAAAAGUCCAGUUGGCCGAGAUUCAGCGUGUGACUUUGGACAUAUUGAAGGGCUUGGAUGCACUUAAUGGGAACGUUAUACUUCUUUUGAAUUUCCACCUAUCCUCUCAACCUCUAAGUUUAGAAAAUGCCCUUUGUGGCAGAGGUUUUCCAUGUGUCAGUGGGGCUCACUUGCUGUUUGAAAUGUGUUGUCCUGGGCUUGUGGAAUUAGUCUUACAGUUCUUUAGAUCUAUGUUGUUAUGUAUUAACAGCUGGAGAUAACUCCAUGAACAAAAGACUGCUGGAUGAUUGCAGAAACUCCAGAUGAAAAUGUUGCCCUGGCAUUAAUCUCUGCCAAAGAAAUCUUGUGCCAAGUCAGAGUGCCUUGCUCUGAACUUGUUCUGCUCUUAGGAGAUUGUGGUACACAUACAGAGUGAAUAUCGUGGCAACAGGGUACAAUUGGGUGUGAGGGGAGGAGAAUUAUGUAUGCUACCUGGAGCUAGUUGGAGGAAGGACAGGAUAUAAAUGUAGUUGCUCCAAACAAUUGUAUGAGAAAUGCUUCUUUGUGUAGGACUUACAUUGGCAUGUGGCGUCAUAAAAGAUGCACAGAGUUCAGAUAAUGGUGGCUUUACUAUUCAUGCACUGACUUUCCCCUCCUUACUUUAUGGUUGAGCUGUGCAAAUGUGAUAUUAUAAUGCCCAUUAGUUGCACUAGACAGAUUUCUAGCUAUGUAGUUACUGAAUUUAUUCGGGUAACACCUGAACUUUACUGACCAAGGACUUUGAGUUCCCGGAUCUGGAAGCAUGUCAGAAAACUUACCUUUUCUGGAAAGUGGAUGAGCUGGCAUGGACUUCUUUGGAGCUUCAUGCGACUGCAUUGCCUGGCUUCAAAACAUAUUUAGGGAGUUUACUCUCCACCAUCAGUUGUGGCAGGGAUGUUUGGAGGUGGUUUGACUCAUACUUGCAUGAGAAACUCACUUCACAGUGUAACAUAUUAAAAUGGUGUUGUGGAAGAGUUGUGUGGCUGGAGGACUUUUUCCCGGGGAUCAGUAAAGAGGGGACUUGUUCCCAUUUUCAUAGCUGCCAAGUUAUCCCUUUUUUAAAGGGAAAUUCCCUUAUGCUGAAUAGGCUUCCUUGUGAGAAAAGGGAAAACUUGGCAGCUAUGCAUUUUUCCUUCCAAAAGAUCAGUUUAAGCUCCCUUCUUCAGCGCAACGGCAGUAUGUACAGUUGCAGCUUUGCCUGGUUUCUAUCUAUGACCUGGUAGCUUUGAGUGCUUAACAAAACUUUAGCUUUGUUGCAGGAUCUGAUAGCUUCUGUACAAUUCCAGAAACCCACUGAAGGAACAGGUACGACUCAGCCCGGGAGUGCUUCUGGAUCCAGCUGGAGGCCCAGGUAACUUUAGCAUCUACAGUAUAAACACCUUUUAUCAGUUGCAAUUGGUGCUACUGCUGCAACCUGGACACAUCAAGGCAUUGAUUGAUUCAAGGUUGGGUUAUUGCAAUGCACUUGUGGGGCCUCACUAGCGCUUAAUCCAGAACCAGCUAUUAGUGCAGGAACCAGUGCUUCUGUUCAGAUCAGCACUGGUUCCUCAUUGGCUUGCAGGCCAAGUUAAAGGUGUUACUAUUAAUAUCUAAACCCCUUAACCACUUGCAGCCAGUUUACCGUACCCCUGUCCAUGCCCACUUUACUGCUCUGUUGCAGGUUCCUUCUGCACUUGUAACAAGACCACCACCUGUGUAAAAACAUUUUCAUUUAGGCAAGCCUACCAGAUAUGUAGAAUUUACCUUUCCUCCUGCUUCUUAGCCACUUCUGAUUUUAAUAACCCCUUGACUGUUUUUAAAUACCUUGAUUUAAAAAUCUAAGGAUCGUAAUGUUUUUCAGUUUUGAAAAAUGCUCAGAAGCUUUGUUAUAAUCAAGCGUUAUAUAAAUUUUGAUAAAUGUGUGCUUAGGAACAAAAUCUCUGUUCUAGCUAAACUUGUCCAGUUGUGCUAUACCAGCAAACCUAUGAGCAUUUUGCACAAUCAUGUUAACAGCCUACUAUGACAAAUGUGAUACAACAUUCUGAGACUUCCUGCUUGAUGACAGAUGAGUUGUGCUAAACUGUGAAGAGUACAAAAAACCUUUUAAAGGGUUGUGCGCUACUCCUCUAGUAAAAGAAUGGCUGGUGUCAAGAAAAGGUGAAAAGAUGAGCCAAGCUAUGUUUAUAAUUUCUAAAAGCUUUUAAGGAGAUUGCUUUUGCAUCUCUUAGCAGAUAUGUGCAUAUGAUUCAUUUAUCAAGAUGCUUUCCUCCAAUUUCCCAGAGGAAAUCCAGAAUAAUUUGCACAUACAAGCAAAACUAAAAUGCCCUCUGCCUUGCUCAUCUUACCAAGUAGUAUUGACUUGUGCUGAAUAAGAUAUCUUCUCCAGUGUUGAUAAGGUUGGCAACUCCUUCAACUCACCCUGGAUUGUUUCAGCAACUGAAUUGAAAACACGAGUCACUUUCCUGGUGUUCCAGUUGAGCCAUGACACAAAACAAAAAUGAUUUAAAUGACUGCAGGUUAAGAUCUCAGAGUUCCACACUGUCUGGAGACCCAUAUUUUCAUUUAAUGAAGAAACCAGACCUUAGAAAAUGUUCCACUGCUGAAAACAACCUGCCCAGCUAGAGAGCUUCUUGGGACCAGUUUAUUGUACUUGGCUGGCCAUAUGUUCCCCACCUAGCAAUUUAUAGCUAACCUACAAUGUUGAACUGAACAGGCAAGAAACCAAAAACCUGUUUUAAAGUUUGCGGAGCUGUGGGUUGCAAUUACUCCUCUGAGAUACUGAAAAUGUUUCACCAAACGGUAGAAGUGGCUUCCAAUUUUAGCAUAUUAUAAAACAUGAAGGUAGUACAAAUCUGUGUUUAGAAAUAAAUAUUUGUGAAAUGUUGACAAAGCUUGGUAAGAUUGUGGCAGAAUAUAUGUUCUAGAAGUAAAAGGAAAAGAAUGCCAAAACAGCAGUUGUUUCAGCAGCUAGAAUCCAGGUUAAUUUCCAAGAGCUAUAAAAGUUUUGUCAUCCGUGCCUAGAAAGAAGCCUGAUUAAGAACAACAUAGAGUUGAUCCAAGUGUUGUUGCUGGGGUUUUUAAACAAAAAAAUAGUCCAAUUAAUGCUGAAUCUAGAUCUAGAAAUAGAUUUAUUUUAACAAGAACUUAACAGUAAACAUAUAUACAGUAUAAUUACAGAAAACCCUGUGUUUUAGUAUUCACAGAAAUAGCCAGAUUUGUUGCAGUGUGAGAAAAGAAGAAAUAAGAUAAAUUUGGAGAAGUUGAAAUGCUUAGCAAGGCUUACAAGCUAGCACCUCCUUUGGAGGCAGACACACACCAAUGCUAAAAUCAACCUGCCCCAGGCAGUGAGGAACUUGUGCACCAAUCUUUUAGGUUCACACUUGCACUAUGGUUGACAAAAAUACUUCACAUGACUUCCCCCCUUCAGAGAAUAAGACAAAAACUGCAUAAAUUUGAACACUGCUGUCCAUUUCAGAGAGCUUAGUCACCUUAUGGAUUUGCUGCCUAGAUGAGUACUUAUUUUGAAAUAUGGCAAGUUACGAAUUUCAUAUUAACAUCUGCAUUGUAUAAAUUUAUUCUUAACAAAAUAAUGCAAUUGGCCUCCCAGCUUAUUGUAUGGUUAUCCAAAACUUCCCAAUU